AUGUUGCAGGUUCUCUGGGAAUGCCGCUGUCCGGUGACUUGUCCAGGCGAUUUGUUGCUGGUAGUCGGCAGCCACGAGAAGCUUGGGCGUUGGGUGCCUGAGUUAGGGGUGGCCCUUUCUACAGAUGCUCUUUCUUUUCCUCUUUGGCGUUCAGCAGAAAUAAAGUUCGAGGGGCCGCUGACGGUGGAGUACAAGUUCGUAAUUCGUCGUUCCAACGGCGCCAUUGAGUGGGAAGGCUUCGCUGUAAACAGAACUGCAGACCUCCGAGCAAAUGCCUUUUCAAACAUAGAAAAUGUAUGGAAUAGCCUCGCUACCUCCUCCAUCACUUGUUUCCCCCUCAGGCCAGCCGACCCCAAGUUCCCUGACGAUACGCGCGCAUUGUUUGGUGCAGCAGUUCACCCUCAGGCGGCGAAUGCAAAGUUUGAGCCUGCUGCUGCUAAUGCUGCCGUCGACCCUUCUCCUUGCGCCGCAUCAGCAACAGCAGCUGCUACUGGUGAUGGUGUUAGCCUGGGUAACCCUCGAGAGGCGGAAGCUCACAAAGGCGGGAGUGGGGGCCCCCUGCCCUAUUCCGAAGCGGUGUCUGCUGUUGCUGCACACAUUGCGGCAGCAGCAGGACCGACAGAACCUGCAGAUGAGGCGGGGGGAGGAGUUGUGAGAGUCCCCUUAAAGCGUUCAGCGUUUAUUCUGGCGAACUCGGGGCCGAUUUCAGACUAUUACAUAAUGGACAAGACCAUUGGACGAGGGACUUGGGGGGAGGUGAAGUUGGUGGUGGAUAAGCAGACGAAGGCGCGGCGAGCAGCAAAGAAAAUACCCAAGUGUUACAUAGAAGAUGUUGAUCGCUUUCGACAAGAAAUAGAUAUAAUGAAGUCCCUAGAUCACCCCAACAUCGUACGGCUAUAUGAAACAUUUGAGGAUGUUUCAGAUUUCUAUUUAGUGAUGGAAUACUGCAGCGGUGGGGAGUUGUUUGAUCGCCUUAUUGACUCGGGUGUACUGACAGAGCGCACCGCAUGCAGCAUCAUGAAGCAAGUUUACUUGCACUUAUUGCUGCUGAUGCUGAUGCUGCUGCUUCUCUUCGCUGCUGCCGUCUCGCCAGAGGUUGAGAUGCUGCUCCAGUUGUUGCUUCUGCCUUCCUUUACUUCUUCUGUUGUCUUAGUCUUCAUAUCAGUGUUGGAGGGUCGUUACGGGCCAGAGUGUGACGUGUGGUCUGCCGGAGUGAUGCUGUACAUAUUAUUAUGCGGGUAUCCUCCUUUUAAUGCUCCAUCAGACCGAGGGAUAAUGAAUAAAGUUCGCACAGGGCACUACACUUUCCCUGAGGCGGAGUGGGGGAAGGUCUCACUGCAAGCAAAGGAUCUCAUCUCCCGUCUGCUGGAUAGACACCCCCGCACUCGCAUUAGCGCAGAACAAGCAAUUCGGCAUCAAUGGUUCACUAUGCACAUGCCAGACAGCGUAGCCAACGAACCCCUAGGGAUUGACAUUCUGAGUAAAUUUCGUCGUUUUCAGAGUUUGAGUCGGCUGAAAAAGCUGGCGCUGACGGUGAUAGCACAGCAUUUAGAUGACUCAGAAAUAGAGAGUUUAAAGGCGGUGUUUACGCAGUUAGACACUCGGGGAGAUGGGGUGUUGUCUAUAGACGAGGUGCGAGAAGGAAUCGCAAGAAGCGGCGUACGCCUCCCCUCUGAUAUGGUGUUAGAAGAGGUCCUCAAAGAGGUAGACACAGCCGGCACGGGCUGUAUUGACUACACCGAAUUUAUUGCUGCUUGCCUCCACCAGUCUCAUUAUAUCCGAGAGGAAGCGUGCAGAGCAGCCUUCCGUGUACUGGAUAUCAACGGAGACGGACACGUGAGCGCGGAGGAGCUAAGGCAAGUGUUUCAUAUGGCGGGCGACUUAGAGACCGACGCUGCAGCGGAGCUGCACGAAGCGGAUGCAGACGGCGACGGCAAAAUAAACUUUGAAGAGUUUUGCGGCUUAAUGCGCAAAGUGCCUUCGCUGGCGCUGGUGACGGAGCACACCGUUUCUAUGAUGAGGAAGACUUGCAGCAGGACCAACGUAUCCGAUAUGGCGUGCAUGAACUGA